ACAAAGAAGUGCAGCUGCCAGAUGGAAUGGUGAGGAUAUGCUUAGUUUGGUGAGAAACUGCCAAACUGUCUCAGGGUGGCUAUACCCUUUUUUGCAUUCCUGCUGGCAACGAAUGAAAGUUCUUGUUGUCCCACAUCCUUAUUGACAUUUGGUGUUGUCUGUGUUUUGCAUUUUGGACAUUCUGAUAGCUGUGUAGUAAUAUCUCUUUGUUGUUUUAAUUUGUAGUUCCUUAAUAAUAUGUGAUAAGGAACAUCUUCUCAUAUAUGCAUUUGACAUCUGUAUAACUUAUUUGAUGAGAUACAUAUUCAGGUCUUUGGCCUAUUUGGCCUAUUUGGCCUUUAAUCCAGUUGUUUGUAUUCUGAUUGUUAAGUUCUAAGGGUUCUUUUUAAAUUUUGGAUGAGUACUUUAUCAGAAAUGUCUUUUGCAAAUAUUAUCUCCCAGAUUGUAGUCUUCUCAUCCUCUUUAUGGUGACUUUCACAAAGCAGAAAUUUUUAAAGCCCAGUUUGUUAAUUAUCUCUUUCAUGGAUCAUUCCCCUGAUAUUAUAUCUGAAAAGUCAUUGCCAUAACCAAGGUCAUCUAGGUUUUCUCUUAUGUUAGCUUUUAGGAUUUUUAUAAUUUUGCAUUUUAUAAUCAAGCCUGUGAUCCAUUUUGAGUUAAUAUUUGUGAAAAGUAUAAGGUCUAUGUUAAUUUUUAUGCUUUUUAUGGAGACUACUAGUCCUACUAUCAUUUGUUGAAAAGAAAAAGACUCCUUUUUCCAUUUUAUGGCCUUUACUCUUUUGUCAAAAAUCAGUCGACUAUAUUUAUAUGGAUCUGUUUUGGGGCUUUCUAGUCUGUUCCAUUGAUAUGUUUGUCUUUUUUCCCCCAUACCUCACUCUUUUGCAUACUGUAGCUUUAUAGUAAGUCUUAAAUUGAGUAGUGUCAAUUGACUAGUUUGUAUUUGUUGUCCAUCUAUAUAAGCUUUAUAACCAGUUGUCAAUAUCUGCAAAAUAAGUUGCUAAUAAAUUGACUAGGAUUACAUUGACACUGAAGAUCAAGUUGGGAAGACUUGAUGUCGGCAAUUUUGAACUUCUUGCUUUUGAAUAUAUACUAUCUCUCAAUGUAUUUAGUUCUUCAAUUUCUUUCAUCAUAUUUUUUAGUUUUCCUCAUAUUUAUAUCUUUUUAAAAAAAUUUAUUUGUUGGGGCCAGCACUGUGGCAUAGCAAGUAAAGUCGCCAACUGCAGCACCAGCAUCCCAUAUGGACACCAGUUCAAGUCCCCACUGUUCCACUUCGGAUCCAGCUCUCCGCUAAUGCUCCUGGGAAAGCAAUGGAACAUGGCCCAACAGCUUGGGCUUGCACUCACGUGGGAGACCUGGAAGAAACUCCUGGCUCCAGAUCAGUGCAACUCUGACUGGCCAUUUAGAGAGUAAACCAGUGGAUGGAACAGCGCUCUCACUCGCUCGCUCGCUCUCUCUCUUUCUCUUUCUCUCUCUCUGUAACUGCCUAUCAAAUAAAUAACUCCUUAUUUAUUUAUUUAUUUGAAAGGGUUUUCAAAUAAAGAUUUAUUUAUGUGAAAGGCGGAGUUAGAGAUGGGGGGAAGAGGAGAGAGAGAGAGACAGACACAGAGAGAAUAUCUUCCAUACAUUAAUUCACUCCCAAAUGGCUACAACAGCCAGUGCUAGGUCAGGCCAAAACCAGGAGCUUGGAAAUCCAUCCAGGUCUCCCACAUGAAUAGUAGGGGCCCAGAUACUGUGGCCACCUACUAUUGCUUUCCCAGGUACAUUAGCAGGGAGCUGGAGCAGUAGUGGAGCAGCCAGGACUUGAACCAGCACUCAUAUGGGAUGUCAGUUUCACAGGCAGUAGCUCAACCUGCUGUGCCACAAUGCCAGCCCUCCUCAUAAAUAUCUUUUUACAUAUUUUAAAUUUGUGUGCAUAUAUAUACACACACACACAAUCAUGCACUUCAGAGUGACAAUUAUAAUGGUGGUCUCAUAAGAUUAUUGCUUAGGGAUAUCAUAGUCAUCUUAGUUUGUCUAAGUGCACUCUAUGAUGUAGAAACAAUAACAAAAUAAUCUGACAAUGCAUUUCUCAGGCUGUUUCCUUGUCUUCAAGUGACUUGACUGUAUAUAAUUUUUGUGGGUGCUACUGUAAAUGAUACUGUAUUUUUAAUUUUGCUAGUAUUUAGGAAAUGGACUGACUUGUAUAUACUAGCCAUGUAUCUUGUAACCUUGCUACAAUUACCUAUUAGUUCUAGGAGGUUUUCUUGUUGUUGAUUCUUUCAAAUUUUCUAUAUAGACAGUCAUGUCAUACAUGAGCAAAGAUAGUUUUUUUUUUUUAAGAUUUAUUUAUUUGAAAGGCAGAGUUACAGAGAGGCAGAGCAGAAAAAAGAUAGAGAGAGGUCUUCCAUCCGCUGGUUCACUCCCCAGUUGGCCACAAUAGUUGAAGCUGGGCUGAUCCGAAGCCAGGAGACAGGAGCUUCUUCCAAGUCUCCUACGCAGGCACAGGGGCCCAAGGACUUGGGCCAUUUUCCACUGUCUUCCCAUAGCAGUGGCUGGAUAGGCCAUAGCAGAGAGCUGGAUCAGAAAAGUAGUAGGCCGAUACCACGGCUCACUAGGCUAAUCCUCCGCCUGGGUGCCAGCACUCCGGGUUCUAGUCCCAGUCGAGGCACCGGUUCUGUCCCAGUUGCUCCUCUUCCAGUCUAGCUCUCUACUGUGGCCCAGGAAGGCAGUGGAGGAUGAUGGCCCAAGUGCUUGGGCGCCUGCACCCACAUGGGAGACCAGGAAGAAGCACCUGGCUCCUGGCUUUGGAUCGGCACAGCGCGCCAGGCGUAGCAGCCAUUUGAGGGGUGAACCAAUGGAAGGAAGACCUUUCUCUCUGUCUCUCACUGUCUAACUCUGCCUGUCAAAAAAAAAAGUAGUAGGCGGGACUCGACCUGGCACCCGAAUGGAAUGCCAGCACUACAGGCAGCAGUUUUACCCACUGUGCUAUAGCACUGGCCCUUAUUUGUUUCUUAAUGUAUGUACCGUUUAUUUUAUUUUCUCCUCUUACUGUGUUAGCUAGGACUUCCAUAUGUUGAAAACCAGUUGUGCAAGGGCAGAUUCUCACCCUGUUCUUAACUCUAUCAGGAAAGCUUCUAGUUUUUCAUGAUUAAGUAUAAUAUUAAUUAUAGGGUUUUUGGGAUUAGCCUUUAUCAAGCUGAGGAAAUUCUCAUCUAUUCUUAUUUUAUCUUUUAUUGUGAGUUCUCUUCAUAAAAAGAUGUUGGAGUUGGUCAAGAGAUUUUUUAUGUCUACUGGUACAAUCACUUUUUUUACUUGUUGAUAUGAUGUUCCCUUUCAUUUUCCAGUUUUUUUUUUUAAAUCCCUGCUUUUCUGUUUCAUGAGUUUCUACUGACAUAUCCUGAAACUUAGAGCUGCUUUCUUCAGUCAUGUCCAGUCUACUAAGAAGUCCAUCAAAGACAUUCUUCAUUUCUGUUAGCCUUUUUGAUCUAUAUUGUUGGGGGAUUUCUAUUUCUGUUUUCAUUGCAUGUUGUCUACAUUUUCCAUUAGAGCCCUUGGCAAAGUAAUCAUAGUUGUUUUAAAUUCAUGGUCUGAUAAACACAACAUCCCUGCCUUAUCUGAGUGCUGUUCUGUCUCUUCAGGCUGUUUUUUGCCUUUUAAUAUGCCUUGUAAUUUUUGUUGAAAGCCAGAUAUUACAAGUAUGUGUCAGAUCAAAGCAACUCUAGUAAACUGGUGUUAAUGAUGGGGUGAUAAAGUAUGUGUGUUUGAGGACGGUGGUCGGGGGAGGAACUAUUUUUUGGCUCUGUGAUUAUGUCUCAGUGUUUUAGUGGCCCAUGCCCCAGACUGUGCACUUUGCAAGUGUUUCUCGGUUCCCUGCGUCUCAGGUAGGAUAGGCUGGAUGAAGAGGGCUGAAAUUGGGCAUUUUCUUUUCUCCUGUAGGGAAGGUUACAAAGGACUGAAGCUCUGUAUUUCCCUUCCCCCACAUUGGUUAGGCUCUGGUAAAAUAUUUUUUCUGGAAGGUAAAUCUUGAUAAGAUUAGAAUGCUUUGGUGUAUGUAUCUCAAAUGGUUGUUUUCCCUCUUCCAGAAGCACAAGGGGACUUUCCUAGAAUAUUCACUGUGACAACCUGGUAGCGCUCGUGGAGGCAGAACUCACAAGUGUGCCCCCUUCCUGGGUCGGACUCUCUACUACAGUUGUUAAGUCUUGGACUUGUCCACAUUGGAAGCACCAACAAUUUGACAAUUACAGUUCAGCUUUUCCUGCCCUGGUGUUGGUUCCCUGGGGCAGUUUCUGCUCCAAUUUGUUGUUAAUCUCUGUGUCUGCCUAUAGGUUUCUCUAAUAAUGGAGACAGAAGUUUAUCUUAGGGUCUUACUUAUCUGACAGGCCUAAGAAAGUUGUUGAUUUUUCACUUUGUUCUGUUUUUCACAUUAGGACAGAAUGAUAACUUCCAAGUUCCUUACAUUCCAAACCAGAAACCCAAGUCCAGAGGUUUAAACUUUAAAUAUGGUAUCUGGGAAAAACUUCAUCAAAAAGUUGGCCAAAGAGUAUGGUCCUGUUUACACCCUGUACCUUGGACCCUGGCCUGCUGUGGUCUUGCAUGGCUAUGACGCGGUGAAGGAAGCUCUGAUCAACCAGGGUGAUGAAUUUCAGGACAGAGGACGUUUUCCUAUUAUUGAUGAUACCCUGAAAGGAUACGGAAUCAUUUUCAGUCACGGAGAGAGGUGGAAGCACAUGCGUCGCUUCACCCUGACGACCCUGAGGAACUUUGGCAUGGGGAAGAGGAGCAUCGAGGAGAGGGUCCAGGAGGAAGCCCGCUGCCUGGUGGAGGCGUUCAGGAAAACGGAAGCUCAGCCCUUCGACCCCACCUUCAUCCUCUCUUGCGCUCCCUGCAACGUGAUCUGCUCCAUCCUCUUCAGUGAGCGUUUCCAGUAUGAGGACAAGACGUUCCUCUUCCUCAUGGAGUUGUUACAGGAAAAUUUUAAACAAAUAAACUCCCGAUGGUGCCAGAUUUAUAAUCUCUGGCCAGCACUCAUGAGGUAUUUCCCUGGAAAACACAAAGAAUUCUCAGAAAGAAUUAAUGACAUUAAAUACUUCAUUCUGGAAAAAAUAAAGGAACAUCAAGAAUCCUUGGAUCAGAAUAACCCUCGGGAUUAUAUUGACUGUUUCCUCAGCAGAAUGGAGCAGGAGAAACAUAACCCAGGGACUGAAUUUGACUUGGAGAACUUAGUAGUCUGUGGAUCUAAUCUGUUUACAGCGGGAACAGAAACAACCAGUACCACCCUGAGAUUUGGGCUCUUGCUCCUCAUGAAAUACCCAGAAGUGCAAGCCAAAGUUCAGGAAGAAAUUGAUCGUGUGAUUGGAAGAAAUCAAAUGCCCUGCAUGAGUGACAAGAUGAAGCUGCCCUAUACCGAGGCCAUGUUGCAUGAGAUCCAAAGAUAUAUCACGCUCCUUCCUUCGAAUCUGCCCCAUGCUGUGGCCCAGGACACAAAAUUCAGACAAUACGUCAUCCCCAAGGGCACUACUAUACUCCCAUUGCUGUCUUCAGUCCUGUUUGAUGGCAAAGAGUUUCCCAACCCAGAGAAGUUUGACCCAGGACACUUUCUGGACAAAAAUGGCUGCUUUAGGAAAACAGACUACUUUGUGCCUUUUUCCCUUGGGCAUGCACCUGUCAAAACUCUGGUUCCAGACACGUCCCAGCAGAAGGCAGACUGGACAUCAACAUUACAAGCCACCAAGGGGAGAAGGAAGAUCCUAGUACCAAACGAGGCUGGAACAGGGGGAAUUGGGCCACUUACGAGCUACCAGUGCUUUCCCAUGACUCUUGGAAUAAAACCUGAACUCGCCAGGCAAAUGGUAUGCACGCUCGCCUCUUCAGUCCACCAAGCUCCCCACUCAGCAGCAGCUGUCCACUCCUGAAGCAGCUGGAACUGGAUGGGCCAAAGCCAGGAGCCAGGAACUCCAUCCAGGUCUCCCACGAGAGUGGCAGCAACCCAGCUCAUCACCCCCGUGACCUUUCGCCACCACCGCUACGAUGACCUGGUGCG